ACAAUUGCUAAUAAAAUGGUUGAAAACAAUGAUGUCGAAUUAUCCGAAGCGGAAGCAGAACAGUACGACCGUCAAAUUCGGCUAUGGGGCUUAGAAUCUCAAAAAAGAUUGCGCGCUUCUAAAGUGUUAAUCAUCGGCAUCUCCGGUCUUGGUGCUGAGAUCGCAAAAAAUGUAAUUUUGUCGGGAGUGAAGAGUGUUUGCUUGCUAGACAAUGAAAAAGUCAAAGAAAUUGAUCAGUAUUCACAAUUCUUGGCACCACCGGAUAAAAUUGGCGAGAACCGAGCCGAAGCUUCAUUGCAAAGGGCAAGAGCAUUGAACCCAAUGGUGGACGUUACGUCGGAAACUAGAGGUGUUGACGACCUUCCGGAUAGCUUCUUUGCAGAAUUUGACAUUGUUUGCGCAACAGGACUUAAGCAAGAACAACUCGAACGCAUAAACAACGCUUGUCGCGACAACAACAAGAAAUUCCUGUGCGGCGACGUGUGGGGCACCUUUGGUUACAUGUUCGCCGAUCUCGUGGACCACGAAUAUUCAGAGGAGAUUGUUCAACACAAAGCUGUCAAACGGGCAGCUGACGAUACUGAAAAGAAUGCACGAGAAACUGUAACCAUUACUGUUAAACGUCGCGCUAUUUACGUUCCACUACAAAAUGCUCUGUCAGUAGAUUGGUCGAAACCCGAAAUGCGGUCCAGAUUGCGCUCGCGCCGUGGGGACCCCUCGUAUUUUGUUUUAAAGAUCCUUCAGCGGUUUAGAGAUGAACAGAAUCGUAACCCAGACCCAGCAAAAAGGAAGGCAGAUACUGCACUUCUUUUGAAAAUGCGAGAUGAACUUGUACAAGAGCUGUCAAUACCAGUAAACUUUAUUACUGAUGCUUUGCUCACUGAUGUAUUUGGCACUGUAGCAUGUUCUGCAGCAGUUGUAGGCGGAGUGAUUGGCCAAGAGGUGGUAAAAGCUGUCAGUCAGCGUGAGCCUCCACAUAAUAAUAUGUUCUUCUUCAACCCAAUCAAGUGUGUUGGCUUUGUUGAACUAUAUGGUCAGUAAAAUUUGAGAAAUUAGAAUUAAAGUUUACAUGUAUUAAUUUUGUGAGAAAUAAUAAGUUUAAG